CAAAAGUUGGGUGUAAUGAAUCGCGCGGCAAGGUUGAGCUCGCCGGAGGACGCGUCGGUGGCGGCGGCGCGGAAGCUGCACCUCCUCCUCCGCUCCCGUGACCUCCACCCGGCGCUCGCCUACCUCCGCGCCCUCCCCUCGCCGCUCACCCUCCUCCCCAACCACGCCCUCAACGCCCUGCUCCGCGCGCUCGCCGCCGCCGGCCGCGUCCGCGCCGCCGCGUCCCUCUUCCGCCGCAUCCCCUCCCCCACCCCGCACUCCUACAACUCCCUCCUCGCCGCCCUCCUCCGCCGCGGCCGCGCGCGCGCGGCCUCCGCGCUCUUUGCCGCCUUCCUCCGCUCCCCCUCCGCCUCCCCCGACGCCGCCACCCUCAACACCCUCCUCCACGGCCUCUCCACCGCCUCGCCGCAGCCGUCCCCUCCCGCGCUCCUCAGGCUCUUCCAUUUCUUGCCAGAGACCUACGCCUUCGCGCCGGACGCCAUCUCGUACAACUCGUUGCUCUCCGCUCUCUGCCGCGCCGGCGACCUGGUCACCGCGCGCAAGCUGUUCGACGGAAUGCGCGUCGGAGAAGAAGGCAGAGGAGAUGUCUUUCCUAAUGUUAUCACCUAUACGACCAUGAUCAAGGCGUACUGUGGGAAGAGACUUGUGAGCGAGGCUCUCGCGAUCUUCAAGAUAAUGGUUGCUGAUGGUGUGGAGCCGAACAGGAUCACAUACAACACGAUGGUGCAGGGUUUCUGUGAUGCUGGCAGGAUGGAGCUAGUGAAGGAGGUGUUGGAUAUGGAUUCGUUUAAGCCAGACACUUGCACAUUCAACAUCCUGGUGGCCGCACAUUGUAGGGAAGGACGGAUCGAGGAUGCUAUGAAGGUGUUUAAUCAGAUGGUGGAGCUCCGUGUGAGACGUGAUUCUGCAAGCUAUAGCAUGGUCAUCCGGGCGUUGUGCGAGAAUGAGGAAUUUGCGCAGGCUGAGGAGCUUGUGGAUGAGCUCUUGGAGAAGGAGGUGCUCAAGAAGAGAGGGGGUUGCACGCCACUCAUUGCAGCAUACAACCCAGUUUUUGUGUACUUGUGUGAGCAUGGGAAGACAAAGAAAGCAAGGAUGCUGUUUGGGCUGCUUCUGGACCGGAGGAGCAAGGUCGAUGUUCCUGCAUUCAAGACGUUGAUCCUUGGGCAUUGUAGAGAGGGCGAUUUCGAACAGGGGUAUGAGUUAGUUCUCUCAAUGUUGAAGCGAGAUCUUGUCCCUGAUAAUGAAUGCUACAUAGGCGUGAUUGACGGGUUCUCACAGAAGGGAAGGAUGAAGUUUGCAUGGGAAGCCUUACACAGGAUGUUGAACAGCGGCCUUCGGCCUAGUACAAGCACUUUUCACUCAGUUCUUUUAGGGCUUUUGAACAAAGAUGGUUGUGCAAAAGAAGCAGCUGAUUUGAUUGAGAUAAUGCUAGAGAGGAAGAUCCGCCAGAAUGUUGAUCUUUCUACAAAUUUGAUAGAUACAUUGUUCAGGAACUGCCUUAAUGACCGUGCUUACAAGAUUGUUACAUCUCUAUAUGACCAUGGAUAUUACAUCAAGAUGGAAAAACUAAUUGCAAGCCUUUGCAAGGAAAAGAAGUUCAUGGAAGCUGCAGAUCUUACUUUAUUUAGCUUCAAGAAGUGUCAGAAUUUGGGUGUAGCCUUUCCAAGUAUGGUUAUGGAUGGUCUUUGCAUCACUGGUAGAGCUUCAGAAGCGUUCUGGCUGUUCUAUGAACUCAUCGAGAACAGAAGUUCUUCUUCUUCUUCUGCUGCUGCACCUCGUAGUUUAGUUGCACUUCAUCAUGCACUGGAGGAAUCUGGUAAAAUGAAGGAAGCUGAUUUUGUCGCUAAACAGAUGAGACGUGCAAGUGCCAGAAUUAGGGAAAGAACCUAGGAGCACUGUCACAAGGAGCAUUUUAAUUGCAAGCCCUAUGCUUCUCCAAGUACAUUAUUUUGUCUAAGUGUGAAUUUAAAGAAAGAGCAGGGUGUUGAAACUCUACCUGAUCCACUGCCCAAUAAGAAAUGGAUCAUCAAGGAUUGUGCGAUGGUGUUAGAAUGCAAAGUAUCAGCGGAUAUCCUUAAAAUGGUUCCAAAUUUCAAUCGAGACUUUGUAUAGCUAAACAGCCAGGCCAACUCUCUGUCACUACGGUUUAUAGCAUCACGAUCUGGAGCAUUUGUUCUCAAGGAUUGAUAUCUUUAGGAGGAAAGGAAGUGUUGGGAAGACAAGAUCACAAGAGUACAUUGCCCCUGGACUUUGAAGAGCAGUAACUGCAGGAGAUCAAAGUUUCCACUGAAAUAAACAUAUAAUGAAAAAGAAAGUUCAGCCGUCGCUCAUAUCCUCACCCAAAGUACGGAGCUUAACCUGGAAAUGUGAUGUCGAUUUCUAGACAUUAUUCUUUUGGAAGAUAGGCUCCUAAUGCUUUACCAUAUGGCAUAAUGGACCUUAGAGAGGAAACCGUGGCUGAACUAAAAUUUCUUCGCAGGUGGAACCUGGGCUUGAGAUGAGAAUACUAGCAAAUCUAAAACCGCUGCCACAUUUGUUUUCUUACCAAUUGCCACCAUAUUUUUAUCAGUGAAGAAUUGUCCGACAAUUGUUGCACUGUGAAGAAAACCAAACAAAAUUAACAAUCCAGAUCGUCGUU